AUGAGUACCUCUGUCUUCGUUUCCGCAAUAUUACUAAGCAUUGCUGAGGUCACAAACCACCAAGCCACUACCUAUCAGGUAGUGCGCCCCACAGGACCUGAUGGGUUUCCCGGAUCCUUCGAAACGGCUCUAUUGACAUUCUUCCGGCAUCUGGAUGUUCUUAGAGCUGUAAUGUUCAGCGAAGACGUUUCAUUAGGAGACGAAUGGUGGCAUGCUUUUGAAUUUAGACAGUUAGCGGCUGAUGAUGGUCGGAAUCACGACGAUGCCAAUUGGGCUGAACUAAUUUUGGAAUUUGCUGAGCGCUGGGCAAGGCUACGAUUCCGUGGUUAG